UGCCAGUUCGUAGUUGUUCACUUCACUUGUGUUCGUGCAUUUUUCUGUUCGAACGAAAAAUGCAAAAUUUUCUUGAAACAUUUUUGCACAAAAAUUUCGUUGUCUUCUCUUCUUGGUGAUGGAUGUUCAUGUUAUUGUGCAACUUUGAAAAAGCAAACAUUUUGUUUGGAUCUAAACUAAAAUACAAUAAUUUCUGCUAAUCCAAAUCCAAAGCAAUUCCACACCAAUUAAAGAAAACAAAACGAGCGAAAAAACUCGUCGCGCAUUUAACAAAGAAUAAAGAAAAUGUGAAAUCUCUCGAGAAAAAUAUAAAUUUGUUUUUUUUUUUUUAAUUUUUUUUUAAAUCUAAAUCAAUUAAACCUUCGCAAGGCUGAAAACAAAAAGUGAAUUUCUUUUUACUUCAUCUCGAUUUUCUAUUCGUGUCAUCGUUUUGUGUUUCUGUGAGUGAUCAACGCAAAUUUUAAAUUCGUCGAUUAAGCAGAUUCAAUUCUUAAAAAGAGAUAUAAAAAGUGCGAAUAAAUAAGAAAACGAAAAACAUCAUCAGCCACCUAAAGAAUCGUUCAAGAUGGCAAUCCCACCACCACCGGGACCACCCCCUCCACCAGGUCCGCCUCCUCCACCAGCGAUGGGUGGUUUGAAGCUGGGCAGCUCUGCAGGUGGCGCUGGAGGUGGAGAUAUGAGAUCAGCUCUUCUGCAAUCCAUUCAAAAAGGUACAAAACUAAAGAAGGCCGUUACAGUUGAUAAGAGUGGACCUGCGUUAUCAGGAAAGGUACGUGAUGAGUCUAAACCAGCACCAACAUCAAAUGCCUCCCCGAAAUGGGGUGUCAACAACAAUAACAUUGCUAAUGGUGGCCCGAAAUUAGGAGGUCUAUUUGAAGGUUUGGCGUCAAUGCCAAAAUUAAAACCUGUAAAUGGAGCAAGAAGUUCACCGUCUUCCACGAGAUCAACAACAGCACAACAACAAUCUGAAACAAUAACAUCCUCAACAACGAACAGCAAAAGCCCACCCCCUUCCAAUGGUCCACUAGAUUUCAAUGCCGAACUGACAAAGCAUCUUACACUAAAGAAACAAAAGCAGCAAGUUAACGUUACCGAAGCCAACUUAAGGACCAAUCGAGGACCACCACCACAACCUCCAGCAGCUCCACCGAAGAAUCUUUCAUCUCUGAACACAUCUGACUCGGUGCUUGAAAAGAGUAAUUUAAAUUCACUAAGAUCAAGUCCGAAAAUUGGGGGAGGAGCAAUGACAGGAAGCAAUCAAGCCAAAUCUUCAUCACCUACGCUCUCGGAAGGCAGCAACAGUAGUGGAAGUAAUACACAAACCACUGGUAUGAGUACGGUGAGGAAAAAUGCCGCCAACUUAAAUUUAUCAUUAGGAAAUACUACAAGUUAUGUACAUAGUAUGAGUAAUCAAACAAAAAUAUCAUCAUCAUCUUCGUUAUCAUCGACAAUAACUUCUACUGUUGCCACCGUAACAACACAGCGCGUUACUGGCUUAGCGCCAAAUAAAUCGUCACUUUUUGGAGCAGUUAGUGAAAGUAAAUCACCAGUUCCAGGAUCGCCUUCAUUGAGUGGGAAUACACCACAAACGACUUCAACAUCAUCAUCAUCAUCGAACAGAUUCGGACCAAGUCAUGGCAAACCAAACUUUGCACCAAAACCUCCUGGCAUUCAGCAACAAGUUUCAGCAGCAAAUUUACAAAAGUCUACUGUAGCUCGACACCAUAGUAUGAAAUCCCCUAGAUCCCCACCAAUUGCUCCAGCUGGUGGGCCAGUUUUCCCGACCUCACAAGCCUUUGCAACUAUGCGAGCACCCCUGACAUUAUGUCAAUCACAGGAAACAAUUAGUAUCCGACAAGCGCCAAACCCCCCAAUCGGUCGCCCAACAGUCGCACCACCAAAACCACCUUCAGUCAAAGCCCCUCCGCCGCCAACACCUGCCAGGAGUAUUUCAAACACAAACCUUAAUAACCUUACACUGAGUUCGGCCCAGAGCAACUCGAAUUUAAACAACAGCCUUACGCCAAAUGUAUCUUCCUUACGAGAACAUUUUAAAACGAGUCAAAACAACGUAUCCACAACCGGUACAUCAUCAAAUAAUAAUUCACCGCCAUCGAAGACAAGUUCACCUGUCACGAGCAGAAUACCAGCCACCCAAUUGAAUGGUGCUCCUCCUUUACCACCACACAGGACAUGCCCAGCACCACCGCCACCCCAGCGUCAGACGUCAUUUAAUGCAGGUGCACCACCUGUGCCCCCACAAAGGCACUCAUCAAUGCGCCCUCCUUCAAUCACAUCAGCAACAACAGCUAAUACUGUCAACACCUCAAAUAACAACAACAACUAUGGUCAUAACAACAGUGGAUCAGCAGUUAGUCGUUUGGUUACGGACCUAGAAUCGAAAUUUGGCAAACGAUUUCACAAUGUAACCGAGUUCCCAACACCUCCACCAUUUUUAAAUAUCCAAAAAAUGUAUCCUAGUCGUAAUGCAGUUAAAGCAACUAAUGCACCACCAGUACCAUCAGCACCAUCAGAACCACCACCAUCACGGAAACAAAGAGCACCAGCGCCACCUAUCCAAGCGAAAAUAAACGCUUACGCCCAACAACAAAUGGAGAAUCAACAAUGGUAAUCAUAAACAAUUGAAGUAAUACAAAUUUUGGAGCAGAUGUUAUGAGGCCAUACAUAAAUAGCAAUAAAACCACAAUAUUAAGCACAAUUAAGUUUGUUAUAAUCCUUCAACAUAAAUAUUGUAAUUGUUUAAAAAAACUUAUAAUUUUCUGAGGGCGUUUUGUAACCAAAUCUGAUAAAAAUACUAUAUUGCACUACAAGUAAUACAAAAAUGUCUUAUACAAGUAAAUCGUAACUCAAUAUACAUAAAUCUUAAAGCAAUAAUCCAAGUAUACUAUACUCGCGGUAUUGUAUUUACAAACCUACAUUAUAUACCGCUAAAUGUAUUGUAAAUUGGUGAAAAUAGAAAUUGAGUUAUUUCAUAUAUAGAAAGCAAAAGCACUUCAAAAUGAAGUUCCUAUAAAACUGUAUAUAACAAUGUUUGUACUAACAAAUUAAUAAUUUAAACAAUAUAAUCUAUUAUACAGUCAAAGAUCAGAAAUACCAUGAAAUCCAAAACAAUAAUGACUUUUUAUGUUAAAAAUAUAUCAUUGAUCAAGUUUUGUUUUCUUAAAUUUUAUUUGUUGAUAUAACACAUUUUUUAGGUAAUAUAAAGUUACAACGUACAUACAUAUAUAGUUUUAAGCAAUUUAUUAAAAUCUAAUAUUUAAACAUUAUAUAGAUUUCAUAGCACCAAUAACAGUCAAUUAAUACGUUGGAUUCGUCGCCCUUAGUGUAUUAGGUAAUAUUUUGAAUUUAAAUUAUUUAACCGCUGUUAACAAGAGUCGCAUAAUCAAAAGAAUAAUUUUAUCUUAUAAAAAUAGUUAAACAAUCCAUAGUGUUCUUUGAAAAAUUUACAAACCAUAAAAUACAAUUGUAUAAUUUAAUUAUAUUAUUUUAAAUGUGUAAUAUUUGUAAAUAUAAAUUUUAUAAAAAAAAAACAAUAAGUUCCAUUCUCGUAUAAAUUAAGAUAAGAUUUAGUACAUAUAUCCAUAAUAUUAAAAAUGCAUUUAAAUAUGAAAAUGAUCGCAUGAAUUUAAACUCGAGACAUUAGCAAUAUCUUCUUUUUUUAUUCGG